UCUCUUCAAGUUCCAUUCCUUGAGGGGAAAAAAAAAACACAACCAAGCCUGACAUUUAACCUGAACCCUGAACAAAACCAGCUCCUUCUAAAUUCUUAGUGUCCUGACACAUACAACAAAAAUCCCAUCUCCAGCCUUCUUUUAAGAAAUACCCUGCAAUACCCAUUCCUGUCACAAAUCUAAUGCAUAUAUUAGAAUAGCACUUCGGAUACAGUUAAUUUUCUGACAAACAGAACCAACUCUAUCUUGUAACCAAGCAGAUCCCGAACUUCUAGCUAUUUAAGCAAGGGAUAAAAUGGCUGAAGGUUCAGUGAACUUUCUCCUCUCGAAGCUUGCUCAAAUUCUCGAAGAAGAGGGCCAGCUUUUGACAGGGGUUCGGACAGAAGCUGAGUAUAUCAGUGAUGAACUGGAGUUCAUGAAAGCCUUUUUAAGAGUUGCUGAUGCCAUGGAAGAGAGGGACCCGAGCCUUGAAGUGUUGGUCAAGAAAGUGAGAGAUAUUGCUUACGAGAUGGAAGAUGCUCUUGAUGAUUUCAAGCUGCGUCUUACACAUGAUCGCGGACAAAGAUUCUUUGCUCCUCUCCUAAGAAGUUUCGACUACUCUGUGAAUUUAAGAGCUCGCCAUCAAAUAGCUUCAAGAAUCCGAGCCAUCAAAUCCAGAGUAAUAGGCAUCUCAGAAGCACACCGGAGAUACCUGAUCAGAAAUAAUAUAAUGGGGCAAGGCUCAAACUUCAGCAGCAUUUCAAGGCUGGAAUCUCAAGGGGAUGGCCUUCUGCUCGAAGAAGCUGAUUUGGUGGGCAUUGAAAAACCUAAAAGGCAGUUGAUCGAGUGGCUUUUGGAAAGAAAAUCAGGACGCGAGGUGGUUUCUGUGGUUGGGAUGGGAGGGUUGGGGAAGUCAACCUUGGUGAAAAAGGUCUACGAUGAUCCAGAUGUGAAGAAACAAUUCAAGUUCCGAGCUUGGAUCACCGUUUCUCAAUCUUUCAAGAAAGAGGAACUCCUAAAAGACAUUAUUCAACAACUCUUUCGUGUUCACAGAAAACCAGGUCCUAAAGGUGUGGAUAGCAUGGACUAUGAUAAGCUAAGGACAGUGAUCAAUAAAUUUCUGCAACAGAAGAAGUACCUGAUUGUCUUGGAUGAUGUGUGGCACACAUGUACCUGGGGUGCUUUCCAACAUGCCUUGCCAAACAACAACUGUGGCAGCCGAAUUAUGGUCACAACUCGUAAUACUGAAGUUGCCUCUACCGCAUGUAUGGAUUUCCCUGACAGAGUAUUUCCUUUGGACCCAUUAUCUCAAGAAGAAUCUUGGAUUUUGUUCUGCAAAAAGAUAUUUCAGAACAAUACCUGCCCUCCACAUUUGAAGAAUGUUUCAGAAACAAUUCUUGGUAGAUGUGAGGGAUUGCCACUUGCAAUUGUCUCAAUCAGUGGUGUCUUGGCAGCAAAAGACAAGAAUAAAAUAGACGAAUGGGAAAUGGUCCAUCGUAGCCUUGGUGCUGGAUUUGAAAACAACGACACACUGAUGAGUACGAGAAAAAUACUGUCACUGAGUUACAAUGACUUGCCUUACUAUCUCAAAUCUUGCUUGUUGUAUUUCAGCAUCUUCCCUGCAGGUAAUCCAAUUGAGCGGAUGAAACUUAUUCGGCUAUGGAUAGCUGAAGGAUUUGUGGAAGGAAAGGAAGGAAUGACAUUAGAGGAAGUUGCAGAAGACUACCUGAAUGAGCUCAUAAAAAGAAGCUUGGUUCGUGUAGCAGAGGCAACCAGUGAUGGACGCGUCAAAACAUGCCGCAUCCAUGACCUUCUGCGCGAGAUUAUGAUUACAAAGGCAAAAGACCAAGACUUUGUAGCAAUAGCCAAGGAAGAAGGCAUGAUGUGGUCUGAAAAAGUCCGUCGGGUGUCAAUACAUAAAGCCGUGCCAAGUAUACAACGAAGACAUGUUGCCUCUCGACUUCGUUCGGUGCUCAUAUUUUGGGGGGCAGAUUCUUGUCCUGAUUCUCCUGCGCCUAAUUUGUCGUUCGGUCACCUGAGGUUGCUUAAUGUGUUAGAUCUGGAAGGAGCACCUCUGAAGGAAUUCCCCAGCAAAGUUUCCAGCCUCUUCCUCUUAAAGUAUCUAAGUUUGAGGAACACCAAUGUCAAUUCCAUUCCAAGCUCCAUUAGCAAGCUUCUGAAUCUGGAAACGUUGGAUCUAAAACAUACUCAAAUCUCUGUAUUGCCUGUUGAGAUUCUGAAGCUCAGAAAACUUCGCCACCUUUUGGUGUAUCGUUAUGAAAUUGAUUCUGAUGACAGGAUUCACAUCAAAUAUGGUUUCCAACCACCGCCUCAAAUCGGAGGUCUACAAUCCUUACAAAAACUCUGCUUUGUAGAGGCAAAUCAAGGCGGUGAUCUUCUGCUUGAACUGGGAAGGUUGAAUCAGUUGAGACGGUUAGGCAUUGUAAAGUUCAGGAAGGAACAUGGGAAGGCUCUAUGUUCUUCUGUUACAAAGCUGACAGACCUUCGUGCCUUAUCCAUUACUUCAAUCACAGACAGUGAAUUCAUUGAUUUGGAGUACUUAUCAAAUCCUCCUCGAUUUCUUCAGCGAUUGUACCUGACAGGACGGUUACAGAGUUUACCAGAGUGGUUGCAUUCUUCGGAUAGCUUGGUCAAGUUGGUUUUAAAAUGGAGUCGGUUAAGUGAUGAUCCACUGCUAUCUCUUCAGCAUCUGCCCAAUCUACUACACCUCGAGCUUGUACAGGUUUACGAUGGGGAGAUGCUGUGUUUCCAAGCUAAGGGAUUUCAACGGCUCAGGUUCCUGGGCAUAAAUAAAUUAGAGAGUCUCAGAGUGAUAACUGUUCAACAAGGAGCAAUGCCUUGUCUUGAAAAGCUGAUCGUCCAAAGCUGCAAGGAAUUGAAAAGGGUGCCAUCAGGUAUUGAACACCUGACCACGCUGAAGGUAUUGGAAUUUUUCAAUAUGCCAAAAGAACUCAUCAUGACGUUGCAACCCAGUGAAGAGAAUGGAGAUUAUUUGAAGGUUGCACAUGUUCCUGAUGUUUACUCUACCUACUGGAACAACGGUAUAUUGGAUAACUUCGCUUUAUUAACCAAAGAGGAUGGAAGUUCUUCCCUGCAUAGCCCUAGCGGUAGCAGGCGCGACUAUAUUUGGAAAUAACAUGUUUUGAUCUGUUAUAAGUAUUUUUAAUUUAUCUCUGUGAUUGUAAAUUAAUCAUGAAUAAGCUUAUCUCUUAGUUUGUCUUCC